AUGCGCACCAUCUACUACGGUCCAGUCAUUAACCCGCAAUCAGUCACAGAUUACCUUGCUCUUCCCCAAUGUCUGAUCUGCGUAUCUCCGCAGGGUGAUAUCGAAUGGGUUCACGAGGAUGUAGAGAGCUCAAAGCUUCAAGACGUUCUCGCCGAGCACAAUUAUGCCCCUUCUGACUUCACUCUCUGUCAAUUAGACGAUGGGGAUUUCCUCAUGCCUGGCUUGAUCGAUACCCAUGCACACGCUUGUCAAGUCCCUAACCUUGGCGUUGGUGGAGAGAUGGAGCUCCUGCAAUGGCUCGAUAAUUAUACGUUCCCAACGGAGGCUAGGUUCAAAGACGUCGGGUAUGCCACACGCGCUUACACCGACGUCGUGCGGCGCAUGGUCAACUCGGGUACAACGACAUGCUGUUAUUACGGUAGUCUGCAUCUAGAAGCAACCAAGGUUCUAGCGACUCUUAUCCACACCGCAGGUCAAAGAGCGUUUGUUGGGAAAUGUAACAUGAACUGGAAUUGCCCACCUAACUACAUCGAACCGUCUGUCAAAGAGUCCGUCGAUACCACCUUGAAACUAUUCAAGCACAUCGAAGAGCUGCCGAGAACUACUUGCGGCGAGCCAUUGGUUCAUCCCAUCCUCACCCCGCGUUUCGCCAUCUCGUGUACCGAGGAGCUCUUGACGCGUCUCAGUCAAAUUGCGAAGGAGAACCCAAAGCUUGCCAUCCAGACGCACAUCUCGGAGAACAAAGCCGAGGUCGAGCUGACUAAAAGCCUCUUCAAGACUAACAGUUACGCAGAGGCGUAUGAUAAGUUUGGUUUGCUUCGCGAUAACACGGUUUUGGCACACGGCGUCUACCUUACCGAGGAUGAAAUGGUGCUUAUUGCCAAACGUGGUUCGGGAGUGAGUCAUUGCCCAACGAGCAACUUUUACUUGAGCAGUGGUAUGGCGAGAGUCGGUAUGCUGCUGGAUCAUGGUGUGAAGGUUGGAUUGGGCACAGACGUUGCUGGUGGCUACUCCCCAUCCAUACUCACUGAGAUCCAGCACGCCAGCAUAGCAUCCAAGAUGCUUGCUAUACAAGCGACCCCAGACACGAAAUGCAACUGCAGCAGGGGCCACCACCGACACCAGACAGACGCCAGCUCAUACUCAUCAGUCGAAUCAGACAGUCAAUCGCGUGGUCAUAGUCACAAGUCCAAUGAAUGUGACUGCGAUAAGAAGCCGUCUGGACGGUUCACUAAUCAAAAACUAUCUAUCGCUACUCUCUUGUACCUCGCCACUCUGGGCGGGGCGCAUGUUUGCUGUUUAGAGGACCGUGUCGGCUCGUUUGAAGAGGGCAAGGCAUUCGAUGCUCUCCUUGUCACUGUCCAAGACGCUGCUGGAAACCCUGCGGUAUGGGGUUACAAUCCUCAACGUGACUUGACACAGGGGGUGACUGCUCAGAGUGCGGACAAGAAUUUGAUAGAAUGGUUAGAACGCUUUUUGUUCUGCGGAGAUGACCGGAACAUCAAGAAGGUGAUUGUGCAGGGAAAGACAAUAGGUGGGCGAGACCAUCAGUAG